GCUCUCCAAAAUCGUCUGCAGUGUUUCACAACUCAAAUCGCCAAACGAUUUUCGCCGAAGCUACCUCCUCUGUGCUGCUGCCUUUGCACAGGAUAGUUGAAAGCUUCAUUUUUAAAACAGAUGUGUGUGUAAAAGGGUGUGGAUACCGUAUCGGCGUUUAGUUUCGUUUUCUGCGGAGAGCGGAAGAUGGAAUAAACCGAACGAUUAUCGAUCGCUCCGCCAAACGAUAUACGGACCCUGCCUAUUCCACCGUGGGAGAUGAGUCAGGAAAAGAUGUUUAUGUGUCUGUUUGUUCGAAAUUAAAAAAACAACGAUUAAACACUCACAUUGAGCAGUUUUCGUCGACUGUCUUCUCCAAUUCGAAAACACUGUAUGAUGAUUGUGAGACAACACUAAAUCGCUUGCAGUUUUCCAGUGAGUUCGAUAAAGGGUGCGCCAUGAAAGGUUGAGGGAAUGUUCAACAACAUUAUUCCCCUAAGAUUGUGAAGUGAAUGAAAAAAUAAUGCUUUCCCAUAUUUAAUUAUCUAUGAAAAAGGAUUCAGUAAAAUUCGAGGUGUCAUGCUGAACAUUGACCCCCACCUGUUCCAGCCGAAGGUGAUCCGCCUGCAGACGACUGAGAACAUUGGAUUGCCGGGGCACCACAUCGUGCGCACCACACGCUUCAGCAACUCCCAGGUGAUGACUGGAGCCACGACGCAGGUGCAUAUUGAAGCCAACAACAACAUCCUGGCUGCACACGAAGACAUCCCGGGGACCGAUUACGAAAUUGAAACAUACAGACGCAGGAGCUACCACGAAAUGGAUCAGGACGCCGAUCUCAACGGACCACAAGUACAAUGGACUCCUGAACAAAUGGCAUGGAGUGGCGGAGAAGCGGAGAGCAUGAUGAGCUUCCAGUCCCAAUCUUCAAUUCUAUCGGACAGUGUCCACUCUUCGGAAGAGCCUUCUGAACAUUCCAAGGAGGAAGACAUCGUGUCACAGUUGAAUGAGGCACGGUCUUGCAGCCGAGAGGAGGCCAGCAAAAUUCUACUCAGGAUGACCUACACCAAUGGGAACUGUGCUCUCAUGAGGCAAUGCGGCUGCCUCCCCUUGCUUAUUGAAUUAUUACACAGCCAUGAGGACAACUCUAACCUGUGGAGGAGGGAGUAUCUGGAGGUGCGCAGAAACGCCGCGCAGACUUUGCACAAUAUUAUUCUCGGCCAGCAGAGGCCCGACGAAAAGAGGGCUCGCAGGGAGGGCCGAGUUCUACGCUACCUCGAGGAAAUCAGGGACUACAGCGACCAGCUGCUCUUUGCAGAAGGAAAUGUUGAUAACAGGACAGCGAGUUUCUCAGAUCAGAACCUAGUUCCUAGUGUGGCCGCUCUCAUGAAGCUGUCUUUUGACGAAGACCAUAGACACGCCAUGUGCCAACUGGGAGGUCUGCAAGCAAUUGCAGAGUUGCUUCGUGUGGAUCAAUGGGCGCACGGCGUGAACAAUGACGUACAUUGUACGACACUCCGCCGCUAUCUGGGUAUGUCGCUGACGAACCUGACCUUCGGAGACGGGGCUAAUAAGGCCCUGCUCUGUUCUAUGAGGCCCUUCAUGGAGGCAUUGGUUGCUCAGCUGUACUCACCCUCUGAGGACCUCAGGCAGGUGACGGCCAGCGUCCUCCGCAAUCUGUCUUGGCGUGCAGACGCCACCAGUAAACGCGCCUUAAGGGACGUUGGAGCGGUUCCUCUACUCGUCCGUGCUGCCCUCUCCGCCCAGAAAGACUCUACCCUCAAAAGCGUCCUCUCUGCCCUCUGGAAUCUCUCCGCCCACUGUAGUGCCAACAAAGCCGAUAUUUGCCGCGUGGAGGGAGCUCUCGCCUUUCUCGUUUCCACCCUCACCCACAAGUCCAAGAACAAGACGCUGGCUAUUGUUGAAAAUGGAGGAGGCAUUCUGAGGAAUGUAUCCAGUCACAUCGCCAUUCAGAACGAGUACCGGGCCAUCCUGCGUCGCCACAACUGUCUCCAAAUCCUGCUUUCGCAUCUCAAGUCCCCAUCGCUAACUGUGGUAAGCAACGCCUGUGGAACGCUUUGGAAUCUGAGCGCUCGGAAUGCCCAAGAUCAGCGUGCCCUGUGGGAGAUGGGUGCUGUCGGAAUGCUGAAGAAGUUGAUAAAUUCCAAGCACAAGAUGAUAUCUAUGGGUAGCUCGGCAGCACUCAAGAAUCUUCUUUCAGCCCGCCCACCAGGAGUUGGGUUGUGCUUAGUCGAAGAUGGUAUUGGUUACAGAGACUCCGACACCCCUUCCCUUAUGGUUCGCAAACAGAAAGCUUUGAGCACAGAAAUUGACCAAAACUUAUCUGAGACCUACGAUAACACAGACAGCCCUAAGACCAGUCCUGUGAAACAUGCAGACCAAGCCCAGACACGAUCUAGAAGACAUAUCUCACCGUCCGCGGCAAGAUAUUUGGCCAAUCAGAAAUUAAAAGCGGAACUGAGCCUGCCCAAGAGUGAGGAACAAAGCAUGACGGGAUCUUACGUCGUGGAGGAGAAGCAUAAUGGAGCAUUCCAAGUAACAAAAAACGCAAAGCAGGCUCUUAAUUACCGUCAAGGUCAACAGAUGAAGCUCCAGGUUUCCACGGAGGCCUCAGAACCAGAAUCGAAGUUGUCUUAUCGCCCUGGGAAGGAUGGCCUAAAGAUACAAAAAGCUGAUGAGCCUGUUGCUACUACCUAUGAGUCUGGAUCUAAGUUGAGUUUCCGGCCCACAAAAUCAGAAAAGGAAGUCCCCAAGCAACAAAAUCAUAUUCCUCCAUUCCAAAAUCAUCCAGAGCCCGGUGCCAAACUAAGUUUCAAGCCAGCAAGGUAUGAUAAGGAAGCGCCAAGACCUGCAGGUGACCUUAAUAGGCAUGCAAGUCGAAGUAUGUCGCCGAUGACCGUCAGGAAGGAUCGAUCUGCCAACUCUGCACCACCUUCUAAAUCGACGGAGCAGACAAAGAGUACCCCUGAAGUAGCAUCCAAUAUUCCGAAACCCGUUCAUGAGAGCAGAAUACCCCUGCCGAAAUCUGCAGCGAGCAGACUCGACUAUCAAAGAAGUCAGAGCGCUUCUCCUGUGGCUCAAAGGAAGAAUUUUCGCCAAGACAGUGCCACUAAAGUGAAUAUGCCAUCGAAAGAAAAUCAUCCGAAUCAGGUAUGCAAUCCUCCUGAAGACAUCACGGUGACCCAUCCCAAGUGGGCGUGGACUGCCAGUCCCGAAAAGAUAGACAAUGUUCCCGAGAAGCCAUGCAAAAGAUUGGAUGAUGAAAGCGGUGGGGAAGACGAGAUUCGUGUGUGGCAGACGGAAGACACGCCCUCCUAUAGGUCAUCAACGUCUGAUCUGGAUUUAGAAGAGCCACAAGGGGCUGGAGCUCGUUGUUCCUUGAAUAUCAAAACAAAUACGGGAGUAAGAUUAAUUCGCAACCACCCUUUGCUUGCAAAUGCUCAUCGGAACGACGACGAAGGUCGAAUGUUUGAGCAUCGAAAUAGAGACGAAGAAUUUGAAUCAGGUAAAACUGUGGAAUUCUGUGUGCAGAGCGAAUAUGAUAUCGACGAGACUCUGUCCCUGAUGUCUCGCAGCAGCUCUGUAGCCUCUAUUAGCAGCUUUGACCAGCAGUCUUUCCAUGAGGAUGAGAGUUUUGCUUCAGAUGAUCUCAGUCACAGGACGAGCGGUAUUGAGUCACCGAGCGAGUUGUCCGAUUCGCCCUGCCAGACUGCACCCACAAGUCCUCUGGGGUCCUCCAAUUACAUCUCAUUGUGCGGUGACGUAUCUGACAAUGUUCAGAUACGUUCAUCUGCUGCUAAUGAUAGGACGGAUCCAAGUGACAGGGAACCGAUUAAAGACGAGGUAAUGGAAUGCAAAAGUGAUCAUCCCAUGGAAGGAAGCGCUACUGCAAAUGUUUGCCCUCCGCCAAAACGAUUAGAGACCCAUGUCCAUGACACCCAAGCUCCUCCUCCAUGUAAUCCUCCAGUAGUGCAGAUGGAAGUAUGUGCGAACCGUGUCUCCAGAAGCAGUUCGUCAAGCUCCUUUAGCGUUGAAGAUAUUUCACCUUCAGAACGAGUGAUUCUGGAAGAAUGCAUCAGGGCGGGGAUGCCCAUAGCUCCACCUUCUUACGAGUUACUGGGUGAUGUUUCCGCUCGAAGACUGGUCCCUCCCAAAGAGAAUGAAUACGAAAUAGAAGAAAAGGGGAAAGAGGAUGAGAGGAAAGCUGAAAAGAGCCGACUGUUUAGAAUCCCAGAGUCUCCUGGAACUGCCGACGAGAAGACCUGUACAAGAAAAGUGAUGCUGGAUCAAAUGGGUAACAGAAGAUGUGAAAAGUUCCAGCAAAGCAAGUUUAAAGUCGCUCCAGAAGUUCCAAACCAAUUGGGAUUUCUCAUGAGAAGUGACGUCCGAGAUACUGAAAUCUCCGUGCAGCCCAAGGGGGCUAAGUCAUCGGCAAGUACAGAAAGUUCGACAAAUCAUGAAAGCCAAGUCAAAGCGUUAGUUAACAAAAUAGAACAAAUUGAGCUCCGUGAACCUUCAAAAGUUGGAGAAGUAUCUAUUAAAGAAACGGAGAAAAACACAAUUGUGGAAUCAGGGCCUGCACAGGAAAAGGAAUCAGAGAGCCAAACUGCAUCUGUGCAAGACGAGACAACGGUUAUUGUUGAGGAUCAUGCGGAACCCAAAGAAGAAUUAUCUAUUGAGAAGAUGACAAAAGAAUCCACUUCUUUUCAGGACGAUGUAGAUUUGUUGGAAAAAGAUAUUGAUUGUAGUGAAUCGGAGGAGAUUAUGCUGACUUCGAGUAUGCUUGGAGAAGCUCGAGGCAUUGCUGAGGCUUUGCUGCUGGGAGGUAGUACUGAAGACAUGACAGUUAGUACUCUUAGCUGCUUAUCGGACAUCGACAACGCAAGACCACCUUCAGUCAUGGCUGAACUAGGCUGUCUGAGUCUUGAAGACAGUCUGAAGGGACCCCAGCUUCUAGGCAAACAGUUGGCUUCAUGUAAGAAAUCCUUACUAAGAGAACUACAGAUGGGCCGUCUGGGUUCUUCCUCCAAUAAUGAAUCCCCUGAAAAUUUGAGUCUUAGAAGCAGUUGUACUUCAGACCUUCUGGCCAACGUGAAUCCUCCAUCUCUUAUGGAUAAUAUAUCCUUAACUGCAAGCACAGGAAGCCUUGACAGCGAUUCAGAGGUCGAGGACAGAAGAUGCAAAGAGAGGGACAGUCUGUCGGAACGGAUGCACGAAGCCGCCGCUUUGGCUCAGCUCUACACCAAAGAACUGUCUGCUAUUACAGGUGAAGGUGGAGCUGACCCAGCAGAUAAUCAUAAAAGAAUAUCAAUUCCGAGUGCAGUACAGGAAGUUACUGUUGCGGAUGUGACUGACAUUGGAUGUGAUACCAUUGGGUCAGAUACAGAAGUAGAAGAGGAUCUCCCCUGUGAUGACGAGGAGACACUUAAAGCAAACCUCACUAGGGACGAAGCCAGUUCCGAGAAUUUGACUUUCACGCUAACGGAUGAACCACCGCUUAUGCAUCCUUGCAUGACUUCUGAUGAGUUCCGGGCUUUGCAAGAGAACGCAGAUCGCAUCCUUAGUACCCUCAGGGACGUUGAGGUGUCAGAUGAUGAAGAGUACGAAGGAGGUCACAGCGGAGAUCUCUUAGAAGACGAAACCAUGUCCCUUGUUUCCAAUGAAUCAGAUGAAGAGUACCCAUCUCCAAGAACUGAUCAUAUACUGUCUCCUUCAUGCAAUGGAAUGGUGGGGUUACCUCAGCCUCACGGCAUUUCCACGAAAUCUCGAAAGUUAGCUAUGCCUCAAGUUAAGAAAUCCAUUGCAAUGAAGGAUCCGAGACUGGAACAGAAUGAAGCAGGGGGACCGUUUGAUACUCGAACUUUCACACGCAAGCGAUCCAGCGUACCCAAAGAGAUGGUGCCGACCGUACAGCCCACUCUUAAGAGUCCCUCUGAGGUUCCGGUCCCCACCUUCCCAAAGCCUGUUCAAAGCAAGAUCGCCAGUGUGUGGAAGGGACGCUCCAAAAGUGCAGAUGUUAGCAGAAACUCAAAAUUAAAGAUAGCACCUCCUGCAAGUCCAUUGCUCAAGAAUGAAGACAGGUCCACGCCGUCGCCAAAGUCUCCACUCAGCCGCAGCAACACAUUUGAAAAACUCACAGACGGAGAAACUUCUCCAUUGCCUACUAUCCGCAGACCCAGUUCCUUGGCGUUGGCACAGAAAACUAAUUCGCCAAGAAAUGUCAAAGGGGCGUACUCUACAAAGGAAGACGCCUCGUCACAGAAACCAGCCUAUGACAGACCUCGAACUGUUCCUCCUCCCAGAGCGGAAAACACCAUCUUAUCACCCUGUGGCAGCAUUCCAAAAUUGAUGAACAAGGCACAAGGUUCUAGCAUUCCAACUAGUCGGCGAUCCAUGAUUCCGAUGCCUUCAAAAUUCGGGCAACCGGAUAACUAGUUCUUCGCACUUACUUUGAUUGUUCUGUUUCUAAUUUAUUUUGUGAAUAGGAUUGAUCUAGUCUAUGGAACUUUGUGCCUCAGAAUUUGUUCGUAUGUAUUCAAUCAAAAGAAAAUGGAUUUUUUUUCCAGGUAUAGAGUUGGAAACUCUUGGCGGAAAUUAAUUUCGAAUUGUUUCGAAACAUGAUAUUUUGAAGAUACUUUGACAUAUUUUAAGGAAAACUCAAUAUUUCUAUUACUAAUAGGCGACCGUUACAAGAAAUCAUUGGUGUAUUCAGUGUAAAAGAAAGUGCAAAAUCAUUUUGAUGUGUGUUUAUCCUUUACCACGUGAUCGUGAUGUGUGACGCAUAUACAAGUCUUUUGUUCCUGUUGGUGAAUCCUCAUUCCUUAAAAAAUAAACUCUUCCUCUAGACUAUAUAUUCGAAAGAAUAAUUAGACUAUUCUGAGGAUGCUGCUUUAUUCCCUACAAAAAUUCCAAAGACUGCGAAAAUCUUGAAAUAGGAACUUAUGGAUACAUUCAGAUAGUACAUUUUCUUAUUUACAAAAGAAGAAAAAUAAUCUGAAACUGGAUAUGUAUGACGAUUGCAGCUUGUUGUGGAGCAUUUGAUAAUUUUUUAUGGUGCUUUGUAAGAUUGGAAUCGAAUGUCUGAUAAUUUUCUUUUUGUGUUUCUGUCUAUAAUCAGUGGCAAAUCAAACUGACAAGAUCUCGAAAGUUAUGCUAGAAUCAUCAAUAGAUACCUCCACGAGUGUUCCUACAUGACUUAAAGAUGAAAAAAUAGAACGACUAAAACAAAAUCAAAUGUAAUUUUUUGUUACUUAAAAUAAUAUUAGUGUGGAAAUUAUAUUCUUUUAAAGUAUAUCGAUUACUUUAAAUUCAUUAAAGUCAAACUUAAAACUAUACAUGACAUUGAUUUCUUCAUACUUUCAAUUUGAAUUGCCAUUGGUUAUAAAAAUAGAUAUAUAAUUGCGACGGUGUUGAAAUAUUCUAAUUUAUCUUAUCAGGAAAUUAUAAAUUCUUAGGUGCUGAUGCAAUGUCGAUUUCAAAUUAUGAGUGAAGAAUUCCAAAACAAAUUCUUAAAGUUGUUAAAUUAAAAAAUUUUAAGCUAUCAUUUUUUUGAUGGGAAAAGUAAUCCUUAACGAUAAUUUAAGGAGACUUAAAAUUAUCUUUGAUGCUAAUCUAUUGCAUUAAACUGCAGCAAUUAUUAAAUUAUUUUCUAUUAAUAAUUAUUUAAUAGCUUUUUUAUUUUGAUAAAUUUGUAUUUUCUUCUUGGAUAAAAAUUUCAUUA